AUGGUGCACUUCAUGAAACAAGUCCAGUACUACAUCAACUUUGAGGUUCUGGAGUGUGCCUGGGAUGAGCUGCUGACUAAGGUACAUGAUGCCAAGGACCUGGACUACAUCAUUGCUGCCCACCAAGUCUUCCUGGACACGGUUCUCAGUCGGUGCCUGCUCGAUGACAAGUCCAUGGACAUCCUGCAGCUGUUGAGGGCGGUCUUUGACUUGAUCAUUCGGUUUCAACAGGAGCACCAGGUCUUCUCGGAAGCUGCUGCUUCCGAGAUUCUGGCCAGAGAGAACUUUGAGAGAAGCAAAAAGGAGCGAGUGCAAAAGGGGACCUGGGCGCUGACCGAAGAGAUUGAGAAAAAGGAGAGAAGCAGACGAGCUGUCUUCCUGUCAUCUGUGAUCCCAUCGACUGGAAAUGGGCUUCAGAUUUUGUUAGAUGUUUACCAAGACACAGUGAAGCAGUUCCUGGCAAUGGCUACCUGCCAUCCAGACGCCAGCCUGCGCUACCUCUGCUUCCGGCUGGACUUCAAUGAACAUUACAAAGUUCGAGAACCUCGUGGGAGAUUGUCUUACUUACGAUCAAAGUAA